AUGGGCGGCGCAGUCAACUGGCAGCCGCUGAUGGCAACCCUCCUUCAUCACUUGCCGAUCACUGUAUGCAACCCCCGGAAAGGCGAAUGGGAUAAAAACAUUACACAACAGGCCAAAGACGAAUUCUUCAAACAACAAGUCGACUGGGAGCGAGAUGCACUAGAGCAAGCAGACGUCAUAUGUUUCUUCUUCGACACCGAGACCAAGAGCCCGGUGUCUUUGCUCGAGCUAGGUCGCUGGGCUGCAUCCGAUAAGGUUGUCGUUUGCUGCGGAGACGAAUACUGGAAAUCAGGAAACGUCCACCUCGCAUGUGAGCACGAUGGCAUCACAUAUGUCAAGGAAUUCGAAAAACUGGUACCCGAAGUCGUGAAAAUGCUCGAGAAGAAGGGCAUGAAACGUGACCACAACGGCGACUUGAUCGGAGAGAACGUACACGUACCCAAAGAGAAGCCAAAGAAGACGACGCAGCUGGAGGCAGAGAAGGCCGACUUGCAGAAACAAGUUGAUGAUCUGCUAGCCAAGCUGGCGGCACAGCCCAAGAUGUGA